AUGUUCAGAAAACCACGCGAUACAGCAGCAACGUCGGACACCGGCAGACCACCCUCACCACCAGACACGCCCGCGAAGACGCCCUUCAACCUAGCAGUUCCUCCCACCGUUCCGCCACCGACCAUGGCCACGAAGGCGAAACCUAGCAAGCCAGUCCCAUUGCCGACGAUCGGUAGGCAGGGUCUGACGGCCAGCGCGAAAAAAUCAGCUGCCACAGCGAAGGCGAAGCAGAACGGAAAAGGCAAUACGAGCAUUCUGAGUUUCUUCAAGAAGGAUGAUUCCAAUGACGGGCUUUUCGUGGGGCAGAGUAGCAGUUGUGUCGACAUUAUGGACACCGUGGAACAGCAGAGCAUGGCCGUGAGCGACAUGGAUGAUGCCGACGAUGUUCGCUUCAAUGAGGCAGGUGGAUCUGUUAAGCGAAGGAAGACAUCGGUCGAAAGGCCUAUCGAGAGCGAGGACAGCCCGCGAACGCCUGAGACACCUGCACAGCCCAAGGCGAAGGAACAGUCGUCGGGUAAGAGAGUGGGACCUUUCUUCGAGGAGUCUGACAGCGAGCAAGAGGAAGAAGAGCCCCAAGCUGUCAUCGGUGUGGCUCAGGGCGAUAAUGAUGGUAUAGUCGCCGGAGAGAUGCCGCAGCAAGCGUCUCCACGACGUAGUGAGAUCAAUGAAGAGGUUGCACAAACAGAGAAAUUUUCUAUAGGUACUGCAUCAGCCCGACCAGCACUGAUGAAGGAAGAGACGAGCUUUGGAAUAGACUUGGACGCAUUCAAUGACUUCGACGAGGGCGACUUUGACGAGCAUCCAUUCGAAGAAGGCGACGAGUUUCGUGAGCGCAGAUACAUGGAAGGACAAGCUAGACUCGAAGAUGAAGACGCUGAAAAUGAUUAUGAUCCGGUACCACAGGAUGAUGACCAGUCAGUCUCCCCGGAUGGGGCAGCUACCUGCCCCAUAUGUAGCAUCGGUCUCAGUGGAGUCAAUGAGAGGGACGCGGGAGCUCAUGUCAACAAUUGUCUAGAUGGCAACCCUACACCAUUGCCUCAGAAAAGCGGACCAGGACGUCCUGCGACAAUACCCAAGUCUGAGCCGUCCUAUUCGCGGCCUGUGCGUCCUGCUAAGCCAGGCCAAGCCAAUCCAUUCGAGCUUGGAAAGCCAUCAACGAGUGGCGGCUCGGCCUUCAACAAGCUAAUGUCGGGUCACGCAGAAAACGCUGCCUGGUCUGAAGCUGCUGCAUCCGAGCAUGCAGCGAGAGGCAAGCCGUCAUACACUCGCACCUGUCCUUUUUACAAAAUCUUACCCGGGCUCUUCAUCUGCGUGGACGCUUUCCGCUAUGGUGCCGUUGAAGGGUGCAAAGCGUACUUCCUGAGCCACUUCCAUAGCGAUCAUUACGUCGGACUGACUUCGACGUGGAGUCAUGGUCCUAUAUACUGCUCGAAGGUGACAGCGAAUCUGGUUCGGCAACAGCUCCGAGUUGACCCUCAGUAUGUUGUGCCUCUCGAUUUCGAAGCACCUUUCGAGAUUCCAGGCACAAAAGGCGUCAAGGUGACUAUGAUCUCGGCAAACCACUGUCCGGGGAGUUCUCUCUAUCUCUUCGAGAAAACGGUUGGCAAAAAGCAAAAUGGCGAACCUCGUUUGCAACGGAUUCUACAUUGUGGCGACUUCAGAGCAUGCAGAAUGCACAUCGAACAUCCGCUCUUGAUGCCAAACGUGAGAGAUAGGCUGGCUGGCACAACACGAGAACAGAAGAUUGACGUCUGCUACCUAGACACUACCUACCUCAAUCCGAAAUAUGCCUUCCCAAGCCAAGAGGUCGUCAUCGAGGCCUGUGCCGACAUGUGCGUUUCUCUUAGCAAACACACACCGGAUGAUUCGGAUGGCUGGGAGCAAAUGAAACGUCAACGGGCAGGCGAGGGCAUGACUAGGUUCAUCAAAAGAGAGUCACAUCCCGAAAUCAAAGAAGAAGCGCUGGAUGAAGACACAGCUAGCGACCUGAAGGUCGAGAGAAACCCUCACGCCAGUCAGCAGAUCCUGUCAUCUGUCACCGACCAGAAGGCUCGCGGACGCCUAUUAGUAGUCGUCGGUACUUACAGCAUCGGGAAGGAGCGCAUUGCCUUGGGCAUCGCAAAAGCAUUGGAAUCCAAGAUAUACGCGCCAGCAUCAAAGCAGCGGAUCGUUGCUGCGCUCGAGGAUCCCGAGCUCGACUCGCGAAUGACCAACGACCCACGAGAAGCUCAGGUGCACUUGACGCCGCUGUUCGAGAUUCGCGCCGAAACUCUGGAUGAUUACCUCAAAGACUUCUUCCCUCACUUCACGCGUGCUGUGGGUUUCCGACCGAGCGGAUGGAACUACCGACCUCCGAACAGCCGUUUCACGGACAGUCCACUUGUACAAACUGUGCUGCACUCGGACAACUGGAAGAGCACGUACAGCAUGAAAGAGCUCACCCCUCAGCGUGGCAGCACAAGCCGUGCAAGCUGCUUCGGCGUGCCCUACAGUGAGCACUCGAGUUUUAGAGAGCUCACCAUGUUCUGUUGCGCUUUACGUAUCGACAAGAUCAUUCCCACCGUCAACGUUGGCAGCGCGAAGAGUCGCGAGAAGAUGAAGGCAUGGUGCGAGCGUUGGGCAGCCGAGCGCAAGAAGAACGGUUUGUACAAGCUUCCUGAAGAUGGUAGUUGGUAG